AUGGCUACUAAACGAAUGAAUGUCCUCGUUUACUCUGGUGCGCUCACUCAGGAGGCCUGGCGUGGCAAUCAAAAUCUAAUGCUAUCUUCAGGAAAUGGCAGCACCGUCGAAUCAGUCCGUCACUGCCUCUACACCCUUCGAAGGCACCUUGCUCCUCAUUACGCCGUCAUCCCUGUUACUGGGGACAUGCUCAUUCGGGAGCCGUGGACAGCGAGCUGCGCAGCCCUUGUCAUCCCAGGCGGGGCCGACCAGGGCUACUGCAAAGCGCUCAAUGGUGAAGGGAACAGACGCAUUCGCCAGUUUGUGGAGCGUGGCGGCAUUUAUAUUGGAUUUUGCGCCGGUGGCUAUUACGGCAGUAAGCGAUGUGAGUUUGAGGUGGGCAACAAGCUCCUCGAGGUCAUAGGUGACCGAGAACUUGCCUUCUAUCCUGGUGUUGCUCGAGGUUGCGCGUUCUCUGGCUUUGUCUACCACAGCGAAAAAGGAGCCAGGGCAGCCGAGUUGAGCGUGGACAAAUCAGUCUUGACAGCAGGAACUGUGCCGAAUGUCUUCAAGUCCUACUACAACGGCGGUGGCGUCUUUGUAGAUGCACCAAAAUACCAAGAUGAUGGUGUUGAAGUCCUUGCGAGCUAUGCAGAGCACCUUGCCGUCGAUUCUGGAGACGGAGCUGCUGCUGUCGUAUAUUGCAAGGUUGGUCAAGGUGCAGCAUUGCUGACAGGUCCACACCCAGAGUUCGUCUUCCUUGGAAAACCAGCUGAUGACUGGUCACUGACGAAGCCUAGAUUCGCUGCUGCUAAUCUUGAGCCAAGGCCGGACGUCCCUGGAUUCUCGGAAGUCAUCACAGCUUUGGCCGACGACGAGAAGCAUCGAAUGGACUUUAUCAAAGCAUGUCUCACGAAACUUGGGCUUAUAGUCAGCGAGGAGCAAAAUGUACCCUCCCUAUCCCAUAUGCAUUUAUCCUCGUCCCACCCCGCAGACACCGCCACAGUCAUUUCAUCCCUGAGUCAUCUCAUCGAGAAGGAUGAACAUGACGAGGAGUUUCUCAAGGAUGAAAAUGACACUUUCCACAUUGUCAAACCCUCAACCUGGAAAAUGGUUGACCUAGCCAAAGCACUGCCUGCGGAGACAGAGACAAAGGAAAAACAUGCUGACCAAGGCGGGGGCAGCUCCGAUCGGAUAGUCGAUUAUAAUACAGUGGUCAAGCAAAUUGUUGCCCACGCGGAAGAAUAUCCUGAAUCGAAAUCAACGCCAUAUUUCAAUCACCAUGCGUUCUAUGCAAACCUUCAUAGCUACCAAUCGCAAACCCCAGGGGCCUCGAAGAACUUUGGCGCCCAUUUACUCUACGGAGAAGUGGUCACAUCAACAAAUACGUUGCUUGAAAAGAACACGCGGCUCCUCCGAACUCUUCCCCAAGGUUUCACGGCCACGGCCACUGUGCAGGUCGCAGGCCGAGGCCGAGGGUCUAAUGUUUGGGUUUCGCCGGCAGGAAGUCUGAUGUUCAGCACUGUGAUCCGACAUCCCAUGGCUCAAAUGCAGUCUGCACCGGUUGUUUUUGUUCAGUAUCUUGCCGCCAUGGCCAUCGUCCGAGGGAUCAAAUCUUACGACAGAAGUCUUUACAAAGAGAUGCCAAUUAAACUGAAGUGGCCGAAUGACAUCUUUGCUCUAGAUCCUACCAAGGCUUCGGAGAAUGGUGGCGAUCGAAAUGAAAACUAUACGAAGAUUGGUGGUAUUUUGGUGAACAGCCAUUACAAUAGUAAGGAAUACAUUGCGGUCUGCGGAAUUGGACUCAACACCUCGAAUGCGGCGCCCACUACAUCAUUGAAUCAGCUCACACAGUUCCUUCCGCAUGACGUCGCCCCAUUUACCCUAGAAAAGCUUUUGGCCCGAAUCUUGACUGUAUUUGAUGACCUCUACACCCGAUUUUUAAGGACGGGCUUCGAUGAGGCCAUGGAGAAGUUAUAUUACGACCAUUGGCUGCAUAUGGAUCAGAUUGUGACCCUGGACGCUGAAGGCGGCCAGCGGGCUCGAAUCAAAGGAAUCACCAGGGACUAUGGUUUGCUCAUUGCGGAUGAACUUGGAUGGGAAGAUCGGGAGACGGGCAGGAGGUGGACUUUACAAAGUGACGCCAAUAGUUUUGACUUUUUUAAAGGUUUGGUAAAGGUCAGUGGCUGA